GUAGACAAUGUCAUCAAUAUGCUUGCGGCUUCUCAGUCUGCCAUCGAUACUGCGCCAGACAUGCUUCGAAUCGAUAAGCAAUGCGAGAUGCUUCACAACAUCUGCCUACAAAGCGGCAUCUGGCCAUGAGAACCCCCUUGGCUUGCCCAGAUCGGGCACUCCACCAAACCUGGCUGCUCGCAUGAAACGCGGCUUGCCGGAAAAGAGACCCAUCCCCAAUGUGCGCAAAGUCAUCGCGGUGAGCAGCGCCAAAGGCGGUGUCGGCAAAAGCACCAUAUCCGUCAAUUUAGCUCUGGCAAUGGCUCAACAAGGACUGCACACAGGAAUCCUCGACACCGACAUUUAUGGCCCCAGCAUUCCAACCUUGCUCAACUUGGAAGGCUAUGAGCCAGAACUCGACGCCAACAAUCGGCUACUCCCCCUCACAGCAUACGGCGUCAAAGCCAUGUCCAUGGGCUUCUUGGUCCCUCAGGAUAGCCCCGUGGCCUGGAGAGGACUGAUGUUGCAGAAGGCCAUGACCCAAUUACUAUUCGAAGUGUCAUGGCCGAGCCUGGAUGUCUUAGUGAUCGAUUUACCUCCCGGAACUGGCGACGUCCAGCUCACCCUGACACAGAGCGUCGAGCUCGCCGGUGCAGUCAUCGUCUCUACGCCUCAAGAUCUGGCGCUUCGAGAUGCCGUUCGUGGAAUUUCCAUGUUCGAGAAGGUCAACGUCCCUAUCCUCGGUAUGAUACAGAACAUGAGCACAUUCACUUGUACGAAUUGCGGGCACAACCAUGACAUAUUCGGUCUCGAUGGCGCGAAGAAGAAAUGCCAUGAAUUGGGCAUCAACUUCCUGGGUGACAUACCCUUGCAUCCGGACAUAUGUGCCAGCGCGGAUAGCGGGAAACCAACGAUGGCUGCGAACCCGAACUCGCCACAAGCGCAAGCCUUCACAAACAUCGCGAAAGCUAUUACUGCGACUAUUAGAUCAUGAAAAGACAAAUCUCGAAAUGCAAGAGAAGAAUUCCCGCAGAUUAGGCACAUGUAGAGAAGCCUUGCACAUAUUGAAGCUAUGUAAAUUAUAGGGAACGUAUUAUGCCAUGCGGCAAUCCCAUCAUGCGAGCUCUGUCGU